AUCAGUCUCAUCCAUCUUUCUCACUGUUUACAAAACCACUUGAUAUUGGCAACAACCUCGGCCGAAUUACAGUUUUCAGCUUAUUGAUUCAACAAGGGCUCUUUUUUUUCCACAUUACGAAUAGCAAUUGGCCCUCAUCCACUCACCAAACAAACUCACCGCACCUUUCACAAACAAAACAAACCACCGCCCACAAGCAAAGAUGGCGCCUACAAACGUCGUCCUCGAGACCACCAUGGGCAACAUAGUCUUUGAGCUGUACAACGACCACGCCCCGAAGACGUGCACCAACUUUUCCACCCUGGCCCAGCGGGGGUACUACAACGGGACGAUAUUCCACCGCAUCAUCAAGGAUUUCAUGAUUCAGGGGGGUGACCCGACGGGCACAGGGAGAGGCGGGGCGAGCAUUUACGGGGAGAAGUUUGAGGAUGAGCUUAGGGGGGAUUUGAAGCACACCGGGGCUGGCAUCCUCAGUAUGGCCAACGCGGGCCCAAACACCAACGGGAGUCAGUUUUUCAUCACGUUGGCUCCGACGCCGUGGCUGGAUGGGAAGCAUACUAUUUUUGGGAGGGUGAAGAAGGGGAUCAGGGUUGUGCAGAGGAUGGGGUUGGUGCCGGUUGAUAAGGGGGAUCGGCCGGUGGAGGAGGUCAAGAUUGUGAAGGCUUAUGUUGCGGAGGAGGGGGCUGAGGAUGAGUAGGUGGAUGUGAGAUCUUGAGGCAUGGUAUAGCAUGAGCUUCCUGAAAAACUAUUUCACCGAUCCUUAAACUUCGCAUUCGGACUGUCUUAGUUGCUUCACAAUUGGCUUGAUUCUCGGCUUUACGUGAAGAAAAGGGGGUUAAAAGCCUGCAGCUGGUGCCCAAUCCCAGACAAGACUCAUACUGAUCAACUCAGAGCCAGGCAGAAUAGAGAUCUUCUCGGGGGGUGAAAUAUCACUCACGAUCCGAA